AUGUUCCUGCAACAGUUCCUACAGGUGAACGCUUCGUUCAUAAUUUUGGGCGACAUGUUUUACGAUGUGGAUUUUGCAAUUCAAGUAUUCAGUUGGUUACAAAGAUUGAAGGAAACCACACCGGUACGAGUCUUAGCCGGUGAUCCUAAUCGACAUCCAUUGGCUGACGAGCAACUUGAGAGGUACACCAUAAAAGUCCAGAAGAAACUGCUAGCAGAGUAUCAACUUCCCGAAUGCGUGACAAAGGAACACUACGGGUUCAACACGGGAAACGUCUAUGAACUAGAACGAUUUAUUUCUACAUAA